UUAUAUCUGGUUUAUAUCAUGGUUUAUUUAAAUCUUCGAUCUGUGGGUUUUUAUUUUACACUAAAAUUUCCAUAGAUCAUUGGAUAACUACCAUAGAACAUUUUAAAUUUUAAGAUUGAGAUUGAGACCCUGAUUGAGACCUCUGAUUGAGACCUUGAGAAGAAGUGAGGUUAUUUUUUAUAUUUGUUUGGAUUUUUCUUGGAGACUUUUUCUUAAGAAAGAAAUAAAUUGUGUUCUGUAUUUAGACUUUGCUGUGUUUUUAAAAAGUUGAAUUUAUGACCUCUUGAAUAUCUGUACAUACACACUAUUCAUGAUGAAGUCUCAAGCAGAAUAUAAACUGAAAUCACCACCGGACGAUGCCAUUUCUAGCGUUAAGUUUGGCCCUAAUACAAACCAAUUUUUACUAGUAUCUUCCUGGGACGGCUACGUACGAUUAUAUGAUGUUACAGCCAAUAACUUAAGACAUAAGUAUGCACACGACAAUGCUGUUUUAGACUGUUCCUUUACAGAUGCAGUCCAUGCAUAUUCAGGCGGACUAGAUAAUACACUGAAGUCAUUUGAUUUCAACACGACCACUGAAAAUAUUGUUGGAAGCCACAACAACCCAAUAAAAUGUGUAGAGUAUUGUAGUGAAUUAAACUGCAUUUUAACAGGUGGAUGGGAUCACCAUGUAAAAUUGUGGGAUCCUAGGUCUUCUGGAGCCCGAGGUAGUUAUAAUCAAAGUGAUAAGGUUUAUUCAAUGAGCAUAUGCGGUGAUAAAUUACUAGUAGCCACUGCAGGAAGAAAAGUUUUAGUAUGGGACAUUAGAAAUAUGGCAUAUGCCCUACAAAAAAGAGAAACUAGUCUUAAAUAUCAAACCAGAGCUAUAAGAGCUUUUCCUAACCGUCAAGGAUUUGUAUUAAGCAGUAUAGAAGGAAGAGUGGCUGUUGAAUAUUUAGACACAAAUCCCGAAGUUCAGAAAAAGAAAUAUGCUUUUAAAUGUCACAGAAUUAAAGAAGAUGGCAUGGAAAAAAUAUUCCCUGUUAAUGCUAUUAGUUUUCAUCCAAUUCAUAACACAUUUGCUACAGGGGGUUCAGAUGGGUAUGUUAAUAUAUGGGAUGGAUUUAAUAAAAAACGUUUAUGCCAGUUUCACCAGUAUCAUACAUCUGUCACUUCCCUCAGUUUUAGUCAUAAUGGCUCAGUUUUGGCUAUAAGUUGUUCAUACUUUUUGGAAGAAGAUAAUCCACCUAAUCCUUUACCAGAAGAUGUUAUUUAUAUUAGAUCAGUUACUGAUCAAGAAACCAAACCUAAAUAUAGUUCAAACUAAGUAAACAUUUUACACUAAUAUUAGUUUUUUAAGUUUUAUUUCAUAUUCUGAAAAUUUCUGUUUAAUAAUUUUACUUGUAUUUUAAUGUUUAUGUCAAGUCAGCAAGUAAAAUACCAUUAGUAUUUUUAAA